AGGCAAAAGUGGCGCCUUCGAUCGUUCAACCUCGUCCCGAGCCUUUUCCGAACUAGGCGUCGGGGUACGUUCAUUAACUGCGGUGGUUCCCCCCUCAGCCAUGACUUUUACGGCGCUAGUGGCGCUUGCUUUACAGGUCCGCUGUUCCGGUGACUCCACCGCUAGCGCCACUUUUUUGGCUGAGGAGCCACGAACAUCGGUCGAUGAUGGCGUUUUACCGCGCCUGCGUUUUAAUGACGGUGAACCAGUGCCAGAAGACAUUGAGACAGCGGAUGAAUGUGAGGAAUGA